ACCCGGGGGGGGGGAAACAGGAACAAGCAAACCGGGGAUCGUGUGCGUGUUUAAUGGCAGUUGUCCCGACGAAAGCCAUGCCCUGAGUUUCAGCUGCGGAUCAAGGCAGGGCCAUGUACACUACGGAGCGCAGGCGAAUGAGCCUGCACGAGUCGAGGAGGAAGGAUCCCGUGUGGGUGUCCGCGGGAAGUCUGUGGCAGGACACCCUGGCGAUGGAGCUGAGCGCCAGCAGCUCGGGUAAACAGAUCGUCUCUCCCCGGAGCCGGACCCGGGCAGUGUCCGUGGCUUACAUCGUGAACGAGGACGCGUCGGUGCCGCAGACCGAGGAGAACCUGUCCCUGAAAUGCCUGAAGGAAGCCUGCGCGGACGUCCACGCCGUGUUCAGAACGGUUUCGUUUGAGAGGAUAUCCCUGGGGACCACUGACAUCUUGGACAGUUUCUACAACGCAGAUGUGGCAGUAGUGGAGAUGAGUGACACUUUCUGCCAGCCGUCCCUCUUCUAUCACCUUGGCGUGAGAGAGAGUUUCAGUAUGACCAAUAACAUCAUUCUGUACUGUUACAAGCAAGAUAGUGACCUGCAGGCUGUCAAGGAGCAGUGUGGAAGUUACACGUUCAUCCCUUAUGUAGUGUCACCUCAAGGUAAAGUGUUUGCCUGUGAUGUCAAAAUAAUGGCUGGUAUCAAAGAGUUGAUGCAGCCUAGUUUCCAGCUGGAGCCCCUGCUUACCCCGCUGGUGGAAAGACUGGUGCAUCUGCUGAACAACAUACACAUUCAGUCCAGCGAGUACUUCCGGGAGUCAAUCAGACAUGAGAUACGUAUGGCCCGGGAGCGGUUCAGCGGCCGAGCCCUGAGUGAAGAGUUGAGCCACAUCCAGAAACGCCUGGACAGUGUGGAGCUGCUCACCCCUGAUAUAGUUAUGAACCUGCUGUUGUCCUACAGGGACAUUCAGGACUAUGAUUCCAUAAUCAAACUGGUGGAGACUCUGAACAACCUGCCCAUGUGUUUGGUAGCAAGACAUCAGAACAUCCAGUUUCACUACAUAUUUGCUCUAAACAGGAGGAAUCACCCUGGAGAUCGCGCUAAGGCUUUGGAGGCAAUCUUGCCUAUUGUGGAGUUGGCGGACAAGGUGGCAUCAGACGUCUACUGCCUGUGUGGACGGAUCUACAAGGACAUGUUCAUGAGCUCUGGGUUCACUGAUCAGUGCAGCAGAGACCAGGCCUGCUAUUGGUAUGGAAAAGCUUUUGAGACCGAGCCAACUCUUCACUCGGGCAUCAAUAAUGUGGUCCUCCUGAUGGCAGCUGGCCAUGAAUUUGACACUUCUAUUGAGCUGCGCAAAAUAGGUGUGACUUUAAGCACCCUGCUCGGUAGGAAGGGUAGCUUGGAGAAGAUGAGGGACUACUGGGAUGUCGGCUUCUACCUCGGAGCAAACAUUUUAGCAAACGAAUACAGGAAGGUCAUCGAGGCCUCCGAGAAACUCUAUAGGCUCAAGGCUCCUAUCUGGUAUGUGGCAUCAAUUAUGGAGACGUACAUCCUGUACCGUCAAUUUGCCAAACUGCCUGAGGUGGCGUCUCCUAAACAGGAAACCAUGAACUUCUGGAUGGAGCUGCUACUGCAAACCUGUAAACCCACCAUCUCCACAGACCGCUGCCCAGUUCUCAUUCUGGAGCCCAGUAAAGUCUUUCAACCAGCUAUUGUGUGUGUGAGUGAGGAGGACGAAAGUCGCACUGUCCAGUUGAGACACGUCACACCCUUAAAGAAAGGGUUACACCAGUGGACUUUCCCAGCCUCUGCAAUUCGCGGAGUGAGUGCCUCAAAGAUUGAUGAGCGCAGUUGCUUCCUAUAUGUCCACUACAACUCAGAUGACUUCCAACUCUGCUUCCCCUCCGACCUUCACUGCAAAGGUUUCUGUGAGCUGGUGAGCUCUCUGCUUCAGCAGGCUGAAGACUCUGUUCAGGUCCUGGACUAUCUAACUGAGGGAAUAUUAGAGUACAUCUAUGAGACCAAUGAGAACGGCGACAAAGUGGUUCUGGGUAAAGGGACGUACGGUGUGGUCUACGCUGGGAGGGACCUGAGCAACCAAGUGCGCAUCGCCAUCAAGGAGAUCCCCGAGAAGGACAGCACGUACUCCCAGCCCCUUCACGAGGAGAUAGCUCUUCACAAGAGACUCAAACACAGGAAUAUUGUCCAGUACCUGGGCUCUGUCAGUCACGACGGUUUCAUCAAGAUCUUCAUGGAGGAAGUACCAGGAGGCAGUUUGUCAUCUCUCUUGCGCUCCAAAUGGGGUCCUCUGAAAGACAACGAAGCCACCAUCAUCUUCUACACCAAACAGAUCCUCGAAGGGCUCAGAUACCUUCAUGAGAAUCAGAUAGUCCACAGAGACAUUAAGGGUGACAAUGUAUUGAUCAACACAUAUAGUGGAGUACUGAAGAUCUCUGACUUUGGAACCUCCAAACGGUUAGCAGGGAUCAACCCUUGUACUGAGACAUUUACUGGAACUCUCCAGUAUAUGGCCCCGGAGAUUAUAGACCAAGGGCCUCGGGGUUAUGGGAAGCCGGCUGAUAUCUGGUCCCUAGGGUGCACUAUUAUAGAAAUGGCAACAGGCAAAACACCCUUCCAUGAGCUGGGAAGUCCUCAGGCAGCCAUGUUCAAGGUGGGCAUGUUUAAGAUCCACCCCAAGGUUCCUGAGUGCAUGUCAGGUGAGGCAAAGGGCUUCAUCAUGAACUGUUUCGUACCAAACCCAGACGACAGAGCCACAGCUGCGGAGCUGCUGAUGGACACUUUCCUCAGGUCGCCCCCCAAGAAGAAGACCAAGGCGCCGCAGGAAUCAGAAACUAAAGACUCCCUUUCUGCUGACUACCAACGCAGCUUGUCUGUACCUAUCUCCAUCCUUGUGGAGGACACUGAUUUAUACUCGGAUUCACUUGACCUGUCCUGUUCCCUGGACCUCAGGAGGACCCAGUUCACCCUCAGAGCAGCUGAAGUCUCAGAGAGCCCACCAAGCACCAGCAGCUUCCUGCCGAUACCAGAGGAUUCUCCCUCAGAAACGUGCAGUCCAGCCUCAACAGAGGAGAAUAUUGGUCUUUUUAUGCUGAGAAAGGACAGCGAGAGGAGAGCCACACUGCACCGAGUUCUCACUGACUAUAUCAGUCACGUCAUCGCAAAUAUACAGGAGUCUGUGCCUCAGGGAUCAUCGCUCACUGCGGACCACAUCUCCAAGCUCAUUGGUUGCUUGCGCGACAACAUCCGCUCCCCGGACAGGAAGCAGUUGACCGCUGACCUGCUGGACCUUCGAGCCGCGCUGCUUGCUGCCACAGUACCUCUCAACAGCCUGCAGGCAGUGCUCUUCAGCUUCCAAGAUGCAGUGAAGAGGGUGUUGAAGCAGCAGCAAGUGAAGCCUCACUGGAUGUUUGCCCUGGACAAUCUUCUAAGACAGGCAGUACAAGAUGCCAUCACUGUGCUCCUACCAGAGCUGAAACUCCAGCUGCAGUCCUCAUUUGAGAUGGAGGACAGCUCCCCCGAGGAACAGUCUGCCGACCCAGACACUCCUGUAGUCCUUGUGCCUGACCAGGUGGGGGCGCCAGCAGACCUGCAGCAGUCGGCACCCAGCAAUGAGAUCACCCCUACGGCCGACCUCCAAUUUCCCACAGACCUUGUCCUCAAUUCUACCUGUACCCUCAGCGAGAAACUGAGAGAUCUACGACUAGGGACCAAAAGACUGCUGAGUCAGCUGAGCGAGAAGGAGAGAGAGUACCAGGAGCUACUGAGGACCUCUGUCCAGAGGAAACAGGAACAGAUAGAUGCACUGAAGAAAACAGCUGUCACUGAAGAUGAUGAGUCGGCCUUGCAGAAACGCUCUUAUCCAGAGAUGAAGGCUUUGGUGCGCUGGCUCAAGUCUGUCCCUGUAGAUCAAGACACCAUUGAUAAGUUGCUCUCUCAUGAGUUCACCUUGGACUGUCUCCUCUCCAUGGCCUCCAGGGAUGAUUUGAUAUAUUGUAGAAUAAGAGGCGGCAUGCUGUGUCGAAUCUGGGCAGCCAUCACAGGUCGCAGGAGGGCCCAGCUCAGCACACACAGUGAGGACAGCGAGGACACUCUUCUUUAAUGGCUGCUGAUGUUGUACAUCCAUGAACAGAUUUAUUGACAGGCUGGUCCUGUGCUGUGGAGGGAAGAGGCAGCGGUGAACAUAACUGACCUGCAGGGAGCUGAUGUAAAGCAGAAUAGAUUUUGAACCUUGUUGAACUGUGAAUGUCAUUUUUUGUAAAGAUCCUGACCAAUUCAUCAUGUUUUUGUCCAUGUAAGGCAGAAUGCAAAAAUAUUCACUUAAAAGCAAAUCUUGCCAGCUUUUGGUUUGUUUGUUUGGUUUUUUUUUUUGGUUUUUUUUAAACAUUUUCUCAGGGCUUUGGCAAGUGGGAUGAUAAUUAUGCCUUUAUAAAACGCUACCUAGUGGAGUACUGAUUUGUCUGCAAACAAAGUGGUUUGAUGGUAUUUUAAUGAUACCUUCUGAUGAGACUGUACUACUUUGUUUUGCAGAAAACGUAGCAGGACCUAAGUUAUUAAGGGGAUACUAUAUUGAAAAUUAUUUGCACUAUAAAUAAUGUUAAAAACUCGUUCAAAUAAUGUACAGGAACAUGGAAUUUCCCAGACUGGCUUGUUAUCUGGAUGCAGCCAUUUGUUUGUAACCCGGAAAAGGGGGUUUGUGAGGGAGUGACGUAGGCUGGAAGAAGUGAUGAAAUGGUGAGCAGACUUUAAAUUCCACAUGUGUUUCCUCAUCUGUAUUCACAAUGUUGACAUCUCCUUAGAAACAGCGACAUGGACUUUGUGUGUAUGUCGGUGUAUAUGUCUGCUGUGGGUGUUGUAUUGUUUAGCUACUGAUAGCUAAGUCUACUGUUUAACACAUUCCAUGUGAGAGCUCAUUUUUUCUGAUAAAUCACUUUGUCUGCUCCUCACUUCUUCAAGGUAGGAGAGAAGUGUUAAAACCUAGGUUUAUGGCUUAGACUUCAGAAAUUGAGCUUGGGUAAUAAUAAUGGAAAAAAAAGGAGGAAGGCAAAAGGUAGGGAUCAAAAUGUUAGGGAAUUAAUGGCAUAAGUGAAAACUCUUUACUAGUGUAAGAAGAAAUUUGAGCACUUAUCUGAUUUGUUUUUUCCAGUGUGUCAUUAUCGCCUUGUGUUCUCAGGAGCGAUGUGUCAGAUCAGAGAAUGCUCAUUGUUUUGAUAAUGUCACCCCCGUGUUCUGUCAACAGGGAUAUGACUUCAUUGAGAGACUGGGCUUGGCUCCUAAUAACUACGGCGCUCACUGAUAUGACUAUAUGCCUUAUUCAGUAUUUGGUUUUGAACAGUUGGCUGUGACUGCAAUGGCAAAGGAUGUGUACAUAUUGCUUUUACAUGGCCUUGUGUGACCCGGCGUAUUUAAUGGAGGGCAAUGUUGUCGUGAUGAAACGAGAGCGAACAAGUGCCUGAAUUAUUGAAAAAACCCCACCAUGAUUUAAGAUAUUUUAUCUAUAUGUUCAGAUGUACAUGUUUAUGUAUAUGUUCAAUGUCGCCCAGCUUACACAUUGUCAAGCAAGAAUUAUAAAAAAUGUUCAAUGUUUUGCAAUCCCUGCUUUAAUUUAUAACUGGCACUUCCCAUUCCUAUGUUCAUGGAUAUAUGACAUCCAUUAUUCAUUCAGUAUCAUGAAGUCCCCUUUAGCCAUAAUACUGUUUAGGCCUCUCACAGCGAAGAUCACAGUCUUUGAUUUACCUGUGGACUGAUCAAGAAUGCCGGACAAAUCGGAAGGCACAAGGGCCAGUUAAUCAAGCUAGACGUCUUCCUCGGCUGUCCUUGGAUAGUGACGCAAAGAAAAUUAAUACUCAGAUGUUAUCGAGCAAAUUCAAUUUGGUACCAUCCUGGCCUCUCAUUCCACUCCACUGCUUCCCCUAUUCUUUGUGUAAUAUAUUAAUAUUGUGAUGAAUACACAAAGAAACC